AUGACUAACACGAAUCCUGAUGAGCAGAAAGUGCAGUUGGCUGAGAUUGUGAACAAUACGCCAGUCAAAAGAAGAAUAAGACGACCAGAAAUAGAGAAAUGCUACGUUGUGGAGAGUGAUGAGUGUGUGGAGCUCGAUUUAAUUGAUGAAAAUACUAAAAUUAUGUACAGGGAGAAUGUUGAAUUAUCUGAUAUGCGGGAAGAGAGUGAAACAUAUUUUACAGAUGGAGACGUAUUUCCAGCCGAUUCAAACGGUACUUUCCGAUAA